AGAGAUCGAAAGUGUGGCGUUUGAACGAGGAGCUGAAAAUCAAAUGUUUCAGCUUUAUUUAAACAUCAAAGUUAACCUCAUGUAGGCAGUUUUACAACUUUAGUUUUAUCAUUAACUGAAAAUAUCAACAGAAUCAGACUUUUAGAACAAUCUAAGUCAGAUCAGCAGAAACAAAAACACGGAAAUGUUUCCUGUACCUGCGUCGCUCUGCUCGACUUUGCUGAUUGUCGGUGUCUUCGUGUUUGUCUCUGCAGAUCAGAAAAUCAUCACAGCUGCAUCUGGACAGAACGUCACUCUCACAUGUCGAGCUCCAAACAGCAACAACAUUAUAGUUGUAGAGUGGAGCAGAGCUGACCUGGAGACAGAAUAUGUGCUUUUGUACAGAAAUGAGCAGUUGGAUCCAGAAAACCAGCAUCCAUCUUUUAAGAACCGGGUGGAUCUGCAGGACAGACAGAUGAAGGAUGGAGACGUGUCUUUGAUUCUGAAGAAUGUGACGACUGCUGAUAAUGGAACAUAUGAGUGUCGCAUCUUUAUGAGAGAAAGACAACGCAGGAAGAGAGCUCAUCUGAAGACCGACCCCAUCAGCAGCAUUUACCUGCGUGUUGAUCCUCCAGACCAGAAAUCCGUCACAGCUGAGUCUGGACAGAACGUCACUCUGAUAUGUCGAGCUCCAAACAACAAGAAGAUCAUAACUGUAGAGUGGCAAAGACCUGAUCUACAUCCAAAAUAUGUCCUUUUAUUUCGGAAUAGACACAUUGAUCCAGAAAACCAGCAUCCAUCUUUUGUGAACCGGGUGGAUCUGCAGGACAAACAGAUGAAGGACGGAGACGUGUCUUUGAUUCUGAAGAAUGUGACGAGUGUUGACACUGGAACAUACGAGUGUCGUGUCUUCCUGGAAGAAACACGCUCCUUGCAGUCGAUAACAAACAUCAACCUUCAUGUUGUUGUUCCUCCAGGUCAGACAGGAGGAGCUGUUGGACUGAAAGUCGACCUAGCAGUUUUAGGUCUGCUUUUUGGUGUUGCUUUUGAAUUUUAGAGAAUGACA